UGAUAAUUUCCCUCCACUAUUCAAAUCAGACACCACGAUGGAUGAAAAGAUUGAUUGAUUGAUUGAUUCAUUGAUUGAUUAAUCAGACGACUUAUAUCAUAAUAAAUAUUUCCUCUAACUUGAUUCCUUGACUUAGUUGAAGUAGGGAUCUUUGGACUUGACCAAUUCAAAAGUAAUUACAUAAUGAAGUUUGGUAAGAGUUUUUUAACUCAUCAAAUUCCUGAAUGGUCUAUUUAUUAUAUGCAAUAUAAACAUUUAAAGAAGAUUAUUAAAAAUAUUGAUCAAGUUUUUGAAGAUUUUCAAGAUAAUGAUGAAAAUAUCGAUAAGAAUAUUUCUGAUUUAAUUAGUCAAAUUUUAUCAUCAUUCUUUUAUGAAUUAGAUCGAGAUGUUGAAAGAGUUCAUGAAUUUUAUAGUGUUAAAUUCAGUGAAUAUUCAAGAAGAUUAGAAAAUAUUAUUCAAGUAUUAGGAUAUGAUGAAAAAUCCAAAAUUAUUAAUCAUCAACUUGAAUCUAAUGAUGAACUUGAAGAAGUUUUAUCAAUCUUACAAGAAUUAAAAUCUGCUUUUAGAAAUUUAAAAUGGUUUGGUGAAUUAAAUCAUAAAGGAUUUAUUAAAAUUUUAAAGAAAUUAGAUAAAAAAUUAACUUCAUUAAUUAAUGAUCAUAUUAAUAAUUCUAAUAUUUCUGAUGAAAAAUCUCUGUUAUUUGAAUUAUCAAAUAAUAAUAAAGAAACUUAUUUAUCUACUAGAGUUAAUGCUUUACCAUUUGCUAAUGAAUCAGAUUUAAUUAAUCGUUUAGAUACUAUUAAUGCAUUACUUAAUCAAUUGGGUGAAUCCAAUAAUGAUAAUUUAGAAGAUGAUUUCAAUAAUCAAAAUGAAUCAUCAAUAACUAGAAAUACUUCAAGAAAUUUUAGAUUUCUUAGUAUUGGUAAUAGAAGGAGACCAUCAUUUGAUCAAAAUUUCCUUGAUAAUUAUUAUGAUUUAAUUAUUGAUGAUCAAUCAAGUUCAUUAAUUAUUGAAUUAAAAAACAUUAUUGAUAAGCUUUCAUUAAAAUUUCUUAUAUCAUUAUUGAAUAAAGCUGUAAGUAAUAAUUCAACUGGUUGUAUUGAUGGAUUAUUUGAAUUUAUGACGGAUUAUAUAAAGAUUAAUCCUCAACAAUAUGAAACUUUUCUUUAUGAUCCUUCCGAUAUUAGUGGUAGAAAUUUCUUUCAUCAACAUAUAAUUAGUCUUGGUAAAAAUCAAUUAAUUAAAGAUCAACAAGAUACAAUUCCUGAUAAUGAAUCAGAUGAUGAAAAGAUUAAUAGUAAUUUUGAUGGAUUAAGUUAUGUUCUUCAUAAAAUUGAUUCAUUAAAUUCUCCAAUUUUGAAACAUGUACUUGUAGCUAAAGAUAAUUAUCUGAGAACUCCAUUACAUUAUUCUGCUCAAUAUGGUUUAAAAGUAAUUACAAAUAUAAUUUUAACAUAUUUAGCUAAUUGGGAUUUACUUGAUACUAAAGUAUCUAUUGAUAAUAUAGAUGUUUGGGGAGAUCAAGAAGGUUUAACUCCAUUACAUUUAUCAAUUAUUGGUAAACAUCCAAAGACAACUGAAAAUCUUAUUAUAUUUAAUAAUAAUAAUACUCUUACUUGUCAAAGUUUACUUUUAUUAUCUGUUAGAUUAAAUUCACCUCAAAUCUUAAAUUCUUUAUUAUUACAAGGUAAGAUUAAUGUUAAUUAUACUGAUUUAAUUCAUAAUCAUGAAACUGCUUUAUAUAUUGCUUGUAAAUUAAAUUAUAUUGAUUUAAUUGAAUUUUUAUUAAAACAUGGAGCAGAUCCUGAAAUUAGUGAUGCAUUAUUUGGUUGGACUCCAAUAUUUAUUGCUGCUAGUGAAGGGUAUGAACAAGCAGUUAAAUUAUUAAUUGAAUAUGGUGCUAAUUAUCAAAAUGUCGAUGGAUCUGGUUGGUUACCAAUGGAGCAUGCAUGUUUAAGAGGCCAUUUAUCAAUUACUGAUUUAUUAAAACCAAAUGAUGAUAAAUUAUUAUUAUAUGAUGUUUAUCAUCCAGAAAAUAAUAUCCCUAGACAAGUUAUUCCUUCAACUCCUACUUUAAUUGCUUCUGAACCAGUCUUAAGUACUGAUAAAUUACCUGAAUCUUCUAAACAUAUUACUAUGAAUGAUAUUUAUAAACAAUUGAAACAAACUGGUUCUUCAUCAUCUAUUCCAAGAUCAAAAUCUCCCAAUAGUAGAAGAAAAAAAUCAGUUAAACCUAUAAAAUCUUUUGGUCAUAGAUAUUUACAACCAGAUGAAUCAAUGAUCUUAAUUACUUUAGGUACUACUGAUUUAAGAGAUAAUGAAAUUCCAAUUGAUAUUAAUAAGAUUACAUCUUCAUUAUCCAAAUCUUUUGUAACUGAAUUAGAUACAGCAUUAUCAUUAUCAAUAUCUUGUCAUCAUAAAUCAACCAAUAAAUUAGUUGAACCACCAGUUAUUAUUGAUUUACCAUUAGAAGAUCAACAUGGAAGUGCAACUGAUCCUAUCACAUUUACACUUAGUAAUAAUUUAAAAGCUUCAGAUAUUGUAAUUACUUUUGAUUUAGUUCCAACUUAUCAAAGUAUUGAAUCCACUAAAAAAAAUGGAAGUGGGAAUGGGAAAAUUUUAGGUAGAGCUAUUGCAUUAUUAAAGGAUGCUUAUACUAGUGUAGGAAAUAAUUUCCGAUCAUUAAAUAAUAAUAUUACAGUUCCAAUCUUAGAAACUUCAACUUUAGAUCUUUUAGGUAGUAUUAGAUUUGAAUAUUUACAUGUUAAAUCAUUUCAACAUGAAUCUAUGAAAAUUACAAGAUCAGAUACUUAUUGGAAACAAUUAGUUAGUACUAGAGUUAUUGGUCAUAGAGGUUUAGGUAAAAAUGAAAGUGGACGUAAAUCUUUACAAUUAGGUGAAAAUACUGUUGAAUCAUUUGUUGCAGCUGCAUCAUUAGGAGCAUCAUAUGUUGAAUUUGAUGUUCAAUUAACUAAAGAUUCUAUACCUGUUGUAUAUCAUGAUUUCUUAGUAGCUGAAUCAGGAGUUGAUAUUCCAAUGCAUGCAUUAACUGCCGAACAAUUUCUUGGAUUAAGUGAAGAUGGUCAUAAUAAUAUAGAUCUUAAAGAUAGACAAAGUAAAGAUGAUGAAGUAUUAAGUAAACUGAGACCAAGAUCUAAAUCUUCUCAUCAAUUAUUUAAUUCUGGAUUUGAAAUGACUUCAACUUCAUCAUUAUCAUCAUCAAUUGAAUCUAAAAAUGAUGAACAUGAACAAGGUCAUUCACAAAAUACUCGUAGAAUGAAAUUAACAAGAACUUGGAAAGAAAAGAAUUUUAAAGGUAAUGCUAGAGGUUUAUCAGUAGCAUCAAAUUUUGUUACAUUAAAGGAAUUAUUUAAGAAAGUUCCAAAAACUGUUGGAUUUAAUAUGGAAUUAAAAUAUCCCAUGUUAGAUGAAGCUCAACAAGAAGGAAUGGAUGAAAUUGCUAUGGAUUUAAAUCAUUAUAUUGAUACUAUAUUACAAGUUGUAUAUGAUGAAAAUGUUGCAGGUAGAGAUAUUUUAUUUUCAUCAUUUCAUCCUGAUGUUUGUGCUUUAUUAUCAUUAAAACAACCAACUAUUCCAAUAUUAUUUUUAACUGAAUCAGGUACAGCUCCAAUGGCCGAUAUUAGAGCUUCAUCAUUACAAAAUGCUAUUAGAUUUGCCAAAAAAUGGAAUCUUUUAGGUAUUGUAUCAGCUGCUGGAGCAUUUGUUAAAACUCCAAGAUUAGCUCAAGUAGUUAAAUCUUCAGGUUUAGUAUGUGUAACUUAUGGUUCAGAAAAUAAUAAUCCUGAACUUGCAAAAGUUCAAAUGAAAGCUGGGGUAGAUGCUGUUAUUGUAGACAGUGUAUUAGCAGUUAGAGAAGGUUUACGAAAGGAUCAAUACAUCAAAGAUAUUGAUGAGCCUACAUCUAUUCUCGCUUAGUAUUUAGUGUCUAUUGCUCACAAAAAAAUUUUAGAUAGUUUACUAGUUACUCGUUGCACAUUGCUCGUUGCUCGUUUAUCGAUACUCGAUGCUCGGUGCUCGUUGCUCGUUACUCGUUAGUUUGUUUUGUUAU